GGAAGGGUAAGUUGAUCCACUUUCCUUCAACUUCAUAUCACAGAAGAAAGGUUGACACCAAAAUUUCCAUGUUCUUUUCUUUUCACAAUUUUCUAUCUCCAAUCGCUAUUACUAACACAUACAACUACUGAUCAGAUCAAUGUCUGAAUCUAGAAUGAAUUGUAUGAACUACUGUGAUGUGGGCUUAAACAUUGAAAAGGCCAAUUGGGCACAGAGCAGUUAGCCCAAGGCCCAAGCGGAUUCUUACCCAGUUGAGACCGAUUGGAAGCCCAACCGAACUGGGCUUGAAGGACACAGGUCAGUGGAAAAAGUGAGAUUGGCGACACACGGGUGCAUCUAAAACAGCGCAGACGUUGUUCGUACAGUGGGACUAUAUCCUUCUCACUUGAUCGUUGGACUAUUCACGCUCGUCAAGUUCGGCACUUUUUGUGCAGAUUUUGAGCUUAUUUCCAAGCCCGUUAACUCCCGACGUACAACCUUCGAUGAUCGGAAACGCAUCAUAGGGAAAUACACGCUUUGCUGGUCCCCUUCUUAAGAAUGCUUGUCGACAUUUGUGAUGUGCCAGAGGAUAAAUCAGCUACUCGAUGUUUGAGCAGACAGAACCAUAGAAACAGAAAGUAAUAUUUCAGUAGACUGAGCAAACCAUUGGAAGAUAAUGGACUGUCAAUGGCUCAUUUUCUUGACAGCCCUCUUAUUUUCAGCCACGACCGACGCUUCCCACUGUGCAAACCACGGAGUUGAUAUAGUGCGGAAUAUCAGUGAGGAGGGACAGGACAGCUAUGGUAUCCCUGGCUUAUCUCAUACGACUGUUGCCGGUUCACUCAUGCACGGUCUAAAGGAGGUUGAGGUAUGGCUUCAAACAAUUGCUUCAGGAGCUGCAACACCAAUUCACAGGCACUCUUGCGAGGAAAUCUUUGUGGUUGUAAAGGGUAGUGGGACUCUGUAUCUCGCCUCUAAUUCAGAUCAAAACCAUCCUGGAACUCCACAAGCGUACCCGAUCUUCACAAAUAGUACAUUUCAUAUUCCUGUUGAUGAUGUUCAUCAGGUCUGGAACACAAAUGAACAAGAGGAUUUACAAGUUCUAGUUGUCAUAUCCCGACCACCAAUGAAAUUGUUCAUAUACGAUGAUUGGUUCAUGCCACACACUGCUGCCAAAUUGAAAUUUCCCAUCUUCUGGGAUGAAAAAUGUUACCAAACUCGUGCAACGAAAGACGAGCUUUGAUAUACAACUCAUUUGGGGAACUUGGACUAAAAAGCUCAGUACAUUUGAUCUUUUCUAGUACGUAGAGAGGUCAAGAAGCGGACAUUCUGUAUGUCAUCAAAUAUGUUAUGUGCUUUGAGACUCUUCAUAUCUGUACAGAAAAAACCUAUAUUUUGUGUGUCGGUGUGAGAUGCUGGUCAAUUACUUGGAGGGCUCACGAUUUUCUUAGGUCUGAUGUUGUGUUCAAUUAUUACCAGUUAAUGAAGAAGAGCUAACAAUUGGUCGAGCAAUCUGAGCAUGGCCAAGGUGUGGAGAUCUUGUCUUACAAAGACCCUGUAUCAACCUAACCCUGUGGCUUAGAAUUGGUGCUGGAGCUUGUCUUAAGCCACGCCAUUUUGGAGGCACAAGAUCAAUCUGCCAACCUUGCUACUAACUUGAACCUUGGUUUCACUGAUCAGGGGGAUACAUGACAUGUUCUUACAUGUAAUCAGUGUGAAAUUUAAUCUUAGUUAAGACAACAACUGAUGCUUCAACCAUUGUGUACAUGAAUGGUGGUUCCAAAGCUACUGUACUGUCCUACCAACACUGACAAACUCUUUGGCAAUAUGCUCUGAAUAAUCAUCUCAGUUUUGUUGA